AUGAUGACUUCAAGGCACUCAGAGAUUUCCUACACUCGCUUAUGGUCCAUCAUCGUUAAGCGUGCAAUUAUUCACCUUCAGAUUCAGGUACCAGAUAACUGUGUGAUUGCUGCGAUUCCAAUCUUUCAUACUUCCAAAUUUAUCGUGUCUGAUCCUACCAAGUUCGACUUCGUUGGAUCAAUUCUGGAAUCUAUGACCCGCAAGGUUGUCUUCGGAAUCUGCAUUUCUGACAUCAAUGAGUAUCUACAAAGAUUGCUGGAAACUCAUGAUUCGAUUCUCACCAUUUCAGUCGGACAACACCUUUUCGAAAAGCUCAAACUUGUGUUUAGAUUGCUUAAUCAGUUGGAGGGUGUUUCCCGAAGCAGUGUUAUUCCGAAACAAGGGGGAGAACAUGUUACUCAAGAAAAGAUUCAGAAGGAUCCACUCCAACUGAAACUGAAGGAAAAAUCUGAUGAGCAUCAUGAAAUGAAACCAAAAGAUGACCAGAAGGUUGAAGCUCGUGAAAAAGAAGCUCAUGAUGAACAGGUCACUCUUGCAACUCAGAAGACUCUCUUCCCUCCUUGGUCGAUGGAAAGGAUUCUGAAUGAGGCUGAUGAAAGUCCGAGCACUCACUGGCUGGAGCUAGCUAUCUUAUUCGAUCUGGAGAAUACUUCGGAAUCUCAACUUGAUUUGCCAAUCACUCCAAGGCGUUCCUAUUCAGAAUUUCUGAAAAGAUUGAGAAAGCUCUGA